UUUACAAUGGUUGAUACCGAAAUGCCGUUUUGGCCCAUGAACUUUGGUAUUAGCCCAGUUGAUCUUUCUACAAUGGAUGAACACUCCCAUGAAUUUGACAUAAAGCCCUUCAGCACUGUUGAUUUUUCCAGCCUUUCUUCUCCAUAUUAUGAGGACCUUCCUCUUGCAAGAACUGACCAGAUAGCCCUUGACUAUAAAUAUGAUGUGAAAUUUCAAAGUUGUCAAAAUGCAAUUAAAGUGGAGCCUCCGUCUCCACCAUAUUUCUCAGAAAAACUUCAGAUGUAUAGUAAACCUCACGAAGAAGCCUCUUGUUCUCUCAUGGCUAUUGAAUGCAGGGUGUGUGGGGACAAAGCUUCUGGGUUUCAUUAUGGAGUGCAUGCAUGUGAAGGUUGCAAGGGUUUCUUUCGCAGAACAAUCCGUUUAAAAUUAAUCUAUGAUCGAUGUGAUCUCAACUGCCGCAUUCAUAAAAAAAGUAGAAAUAAAUGUCAAUAUUGCCGAUUCCAAAAGUGCCUUGCAGUUGGAAUGUCUCAUAAUGCUAUUAGGUUUGGGCGAAUGCCACAAGCUGAGAAGGAGAAACUCUUGGCAGAGAUUUCAAGUGACAUUGACCAGUUGAAUCCUGAGUCUGCUGAUCUGCGAGCCCUGGCCAAGCUGCUCUAUGAUUCCUACAUAAAGUCUUUCCCUCUGACCAAAGCCAAGGCGAGGGCAAUCUUGACAGGAAAGACAACAGACCAAUCACCAUUUGUCAUUUAUGACAUGCAUUCCUUAAUGAUGGGAGAAGACCAGAUCAAGUGUAAACAUUUGACCCCCAUGCAAGAGCAAAAUAAAGAAGUGGCCAUACGUAUCUUCCAGCGCUGCCAGUUUCGCUCGGUGGAAGCUGUUCAGGAAAUCACUGAAUUUGCCAAAAACAUUCCAGGUUUUGUGAGUUUAGACCUCAAUGACCAAGUAACUCUCCUGAAAUAUGGAGUGCAUGAGAUCAUCUAUACACUCCUAGCCUCCAUGAUGAAUAAAGAUGGUGUUCUCAUAUCCAAUGGACAAGGAUUCAUGACUCGGGAGUUCCUAAAGAGUCUGCGGAAACCUUUCUCUGACUUUAUGGAGCCAAAAUUUGAGUUUGCUGUCAAAUUCAAUGCACUGGAAUUAGAUGACAGUGACUUGGCAAUAUUUAUAGCUGUCAUUAUUCUCAGUGGAGAUCGCCCUGGAUUACUUAACGUGAAACCUAUUGAAGAUAUUCAAGAUAGUUUGCUGCAAUCACUAGAACUCCAGUUAAAGCUGAAUCACCCAGAAUCAUCACAGCUGUUUGCAAAAUUGUUGCAGAAAAUGACAGACCUCAGACAGAUUGUAACAGAACAUGUGCAGCUGUUGCAAAUUAUAAAGAAGACGGAGACAGAUAUGAGCCUUCAUCCACUCCUACAAGAAAUUUACAAAGAUUUGUAUUAAGGGUCAUCAGAAUACUAAUUCAUUUACAUAAGUACGUUCAUCAAAUUGCACUAUUUCUUUAAGAGGGAAAAUAUUACAUACCUAAGAAAUUACUGUGAAAAAAAACCAUUUAAAAAGAGACAGAGCUUUACUAUUAUAGAUCUAUUUUAUGCAUAUUGUUUAUAAAAAUACAUUUACAAUUUCCUUUUAAUAUUAAAAUGUCUUUAUCAUCAAAAUGUUGACUGUAUUUACCAGAUUCUUUUUUCCUGGUUUAUUUAAUAUAAUAGCACUGCUUUUUCAAUGAUUUAAAAAUAACAUUGGAGUAAUAGUAUAGUUCAGCUUCACUGCAAAGAAGAGUAAUUUCCCCCUCAAGGGAAGUUUUAUGGAUCUUGAUGUGGUUAUGAAUCAACAACAAUUAGACAGGUCACUGCAUUAUUCUACAGUGCUCGAAUUUUAUACAUCUAACUUUGAAACAAGUUUUUCAGAAAGGUGCAAAAGGGCCUGAUUUCAAAAAAUAAUAAUUAGCUUGCGGGUAUUUAAAAACAUUCCUGACAUUUAUCUGGGUUUGAAAGAGAUGGUCAGAAGAAUGAUUUUUUUAUGAUUUACAUUUAUAUUAAAUAUAUGUACGUUUCAAGGUGCUCAGGAUAUGUACUGCAAAAUUAGUUUUAUGCUUAGUUUUAUAUACUUCCAUUUAUAUUGUAUGCUGAUUUCAAAUGUGAGCUGCCUAGCCGCCUUGUUUUCUUCUCUGCUGCCUUUAGUGGUAGUUUGGCACAGGACCAGAAAUUCAGAUUUGCCCUGAGAUGUAAAACACUCCCUGUAUGUGGCAGUGAAGGUGGCAGAAGCAGGCUCUUUUGAUCUUGGCAAAGCUGGCAGAGAGAUUCCUCAUGUGAUUGCCCUCAAGCAAGCCAAACGUUGCAAAGCAACAGGGCAGAUUUUAUGGGACUGCUGUUUGGAUUAGUAUUUAUAGGGCAGCAAGUUAGAACAAGAUAGCAUUCAUCAACUUCUGACUGAGAAAGGAAAUUGUUGUCCACUGGAAAUGCUGGACGACUUUGGAAAGCCUACUGGUAUCACUGUUCAGACAGAUCAUGCAUCUGUCCUGCUUUUGGUAUCCUGGGAGUUUGGGAGGCUGAGCCAAAAUGGAAAUGUAGGAAGCAUCUUUAUCCUCUCAUUCCCCUCAAGUAAAUAUGCUGCUAAUGCUGAAGAUUUAGAAUGGUGUAAAUGGCCUGAAAAAUAACACCAAUGCAGGCAAAGUACUGAUCACCAUGAUCUAAAUCAGUGGUUCCCAACGUGGGGCCCAUGCCCCACAAUUUGAUUUUUAAUGGGGGCAAUUUGAACCCUGUU